CCGCCAUCCCUUUAUUCCUUCAGGGCUUUAAGAGGAGGCUUCUAUUUGUGUGUGUGUGUGUGUGUUUUUUUUAUCAGUAAUGAGAAGCAGAUUUAGCCAAACCAGUUGCAGGAACAACGCAUGAAUCUUCGACAGGAAGGAGACUGCAAUUGAUCAGAGCAGUAAUGGGACAUUUGUUCACCCUGUGGAUGGGAACUUUCCUGCAGCUUUGUCACGCUACUAUUUAUACCAAUGACUGGGCGAUAAAAGUUAGAGGGGACCCUGAGUCUGUGAAGAGGAUAGCAGAGAAAUAUGGCUUUACAAACAUGGGUCAGAUUGGAGACUUGGAGGGUUACUACAGCGUCCGUCACCAGCAGACAGCAAAUUGUUCCGCUGAAUUCAACACAGAAGUGACAAAUCACCUUGCAAAGGAGCCAAAGGUGGAAUGGCUCCAGCAGCAGGCGGUCUUAAAGAGAGUAAAGAGAAACUCCAGAAGAAAACACCUCUGUGGCCACGACCUGGUGAAAAGGCACCUUCAUCUGCCGAUUCAUCAGUCUGCCUUCAAACACAACAUGCAUUUUAGUUGGCCUUUGGGGAACGACCCAUGGUACACUAGCUGUACCGAGGCCAGUGGCUGCCAGACUGGUAUGAACAUCGCAGCGGCCUGGAGGAGAGGCUACACCGGGAAGGGUGUGGUGGUGUCUGUCCUAGAUGGUGGCAUUGAGAAAGAGCAUCCAGAUCUGAAGCCAAAUUAUGACCCACUUGCCAGCUGUGACGUAAAUGAACAAGAUCAAGACCCGACUCCAAAACAUUCCAAGAAUGCAGCCGACUCCCAUGGGACUCAGUGUGCUGGGACGGUGGCUGCAUCCGCAAAUAACUCUCUGUGCACAGUCGGAGUCUCAUUCCGCGCACGCAUAGGAGGCAUUCGUAUGCUGGGAGGCGAUGUGACAGAUAUUGUGGAAGCCGUAUCACUGAAUUUCAGGUCACAGUACAUUGACAUAUACUUAGCCAGCUGGGGGCCGGAUGAUGACGGAGCCACUUUAGAGGGACCUGGACCCCUCGCUCGUCUCGCUUUACAGACUGCCGUUGAAACGGGCCGGCAUGGAAGGGGCUCAAUUUUCGUUUGGGCCUCGGGGAAUGGAGGGAAAGCAGGCGAUCACUGCUCCUGCGAUGGCUACAGCAGCAGCAUAUACACCAUUUCGGUGAGCAGCGUCAGUCGCCGUGGAGUCUGGCCAGAACACCUGGAACAAUGCUCCUCCACACUGGCAGCGGCGUACGGGGGUGAAGAGACAAAGAGGACGAUAACCCUCGGACCACAGCAGGGAUGCGGCAGGACUCUGUCUGGAACAUCCCUCUCCUCCUCAUUGGCUGCUGGGGUGAUUGCUCUUACUUUGGAGGCCAACCCUCUCCUGACCUGGAGGGAUGUGCAGCACAUUAUCGUCUGUACAUCAAAAGCUCAUCAUCUUGUUGCUCCUGACUGGCACUAUAAUGGAGCUGGGUACAAAGUGAGCCACCUGUACGGCUUCGGCCUGCUGGAUGCUGAGAGCAUGGCGAAGGAGGCUGAGCGCUGGAAACAAGUCCCAGCACAGCAUGAGUGUGUGGAGGAGGAGGCCAUCCAGCUGAGCAGAAUUAUUCAUCCAGGCUCAGUGUUGACGUCUGCGUAUGAGACCACCGGCUGCUCCAGCGCGGCCUCGCGGCACGUUGUUUAUGUAGAGCACGUCGUCAUCCGCGUAACCAUCACUCACAGCCGUCGUGGCGACCUUUCUAUCACGCUCACGUCACCUGCAGGCACCGUGUCGCAGCUGCUGGCUCACAGGCCUCUUGACAACUCCACUGAGGGAUUUCAGAACUGGGAAUUCAUGACAGUUCAUUCCUGGGGGGAGCAGGCAGCGGGGGAAUGGACUUUGAAAAUCACGGAUACUCCCUCUCGGAAGCGAGACAGCAGCGCUGAAUUAGGGAUACUGAAGAAUUGGUCUCUGGUGAUUUAUGGCACUGCAGAGCAGCCAUACAAUAUGCGCCGUCGGCGAGUCCGAUCAGCAGAGCCCUCCGUGGAUAGCGAUCUCACAGAAGGAUACGACGGACCCUGUGACCCAGAAUGCAGUGACGACGGCUGUGACGGGCCUGGCCCACAGCAGUGUGUCACAUGUCUGCACUUUUUUCUCAAGUUCAAGAACAAUUCAAGGUUGUGUGUCUCAGAGUGUCCCCCAGGGUUCUGGGGUGACCGUCGGCGCUGCAAGAGGUGCUACUCCUCGUGUGCAAGCUGCAGUGGGAGUCGCAGCAACCAGUGCACCUCUUGUGUUCCUGGUCAGCACCUGACAGAGGGAACCGACACCUGCACAACCUCCUGUGGCGAUAACUAUUACCUGGACCACGACACAGAUCUGUGCAAGAAAUGCAGUGAAAACUGCUCGAAGUGCACCUCGUACAGCAUCUGCACAGAAUGCAAACCAGGCACAAGUCUGCAGGGGAACCGGUGCCAACGAAGCUGCGAUGGCGGCUUCUACCAUGACGUGCAGGAAGACGAAUGCAGGCCCUGUGACAAGGCCUGCGCCACCUGCGCUGCGGCAGGUGUUGAGGCGUGCAACCGUUGCGCAAACGGUUUCUUGAUGGAGGAGUGGAGGUGUGUGUCCUCCUGCAGCGCUGGCUUCUAUGCCACAGAGCCAAGCCCAGAGAUAGUGGAUGGCCACAGGAUAUGUAGGAGGUGCGACUCCAGCUGUCUCACCUGUGCCGGGCCGACUUGGCAGAACUGCAGCAGCUGUUCCAGCGGUCACCGCCUCCAGGAGGGAGUGUGUGUUGUCAACACUGAGUGCACAGAUAGUCAGUCAACCAUCUUCUCUCCUCUAUUACAUGUUGGCCUCAAUAAUUUCAAUACUGAGUGUACUUCUCCAAAACACAUAAUAAAAAUCAAUGUGAUUUUUUUACUAUUUAUUUUUUUUCACCAUCGGCCCACUCACAUCCGUCUAAAUCUCUGCAGGGGUUAUUCUGCAGGCCAGCUGUGUCUCAGCUGUGCGGCUGGUUGUGCGUCCUGUGAGAAAAAUGCCACUCACUGCCUGACCUGCGACGAGCCUCUCCUCCUGCAUGAUCACCAGUGUGUGGAGGAGUGUCCUCCGUCACACGCUGUCCAGGGCAAGGAGUGCCGUCGCUGUCCACCCGCCUGUCAGGACUGUGACCCCCUUGGACAAUGCACAGGCUGCGAGGAGUACCACUUUCUCCACGAAGGCCAAUGUGUGCCGGAGUGCCCAGAGAGGUUCUUUGAGGAAGACGAAGCAGGGGAGUGUCUGCGUUGUCAUGCCGACUGUGCUCUCUGCGACGGCCCCGACAGCAAUGACUGCGAUGCCUGCGUCGACCCGGAGGCCGUCCUGCACAACGGGGGCUGUCUGGCACCUUGCCCCUCGGACACGUACAGAAAUGCAGUUACAGGAGAGUGCAUAGACUGUGACGCAUCAUGCCUCACAUGUUUUGGGCCCCACAUGGGUUCCUGCACCAGCUGCAGGACGGGUCAAAACCUGGACGGCCACAACCGCUGUAUCCCAUUGGCCAACAAGUGUCCGCCUCGCCAGUACGCAGACGAGGACGGGGAAUGCCGUCCUUGCCACAAAUACUGCUACAGGUGUUCGGGUCCAACCGAAACUCACUGCUUGAGCUGUAAUCAGGGACACCUCCUGUUCAAUGGCACCUGUGUGGACGAAUGCCAAAAAGGCUACUACAAGGAGGAGUCGAAAUGCAAGCCGUGCCACGGUUCCUGUCAGUCCUGUGUCGGAAAGCAGAGCCACCAGUGCCUCACCUGCAAAGCCCACCUGUUCCGAGAGGCGAAAGAGUGUGUGGAGACGUGCCAGCAUGGUCACUAUGGAAACCCUGACUCAAGGAUUUGUGAGAAGUGCGACCCGAGUUGCAGCGAGUGUUUUAAGGCCGGCGAGGACGGCUGCCAGAGCUGCGCUCCGGGCCUCGUCUACCUGCAGAAAGAAGGCCGCUGCCUGCCGUCGUGUCCUCUGGGUUACCAUCACGACCCUGCACACAGGACCUGCGAACCCUGCAACGCUGGCUGCAGGGCAUGCUCCGGAAAAGGUUCCCAGUCCUGUGACUCAUGCUUCCCUGGUUACCUGCUGUCAGACGGACUGUGUGAGUCCAUGUGCGAUACUGGCCAGUACCCUGUUGUAAAGGAAUCGGACGCCUCGUGCGAAGACUGCGACGACUCUUGCCAGGAGUGUCGGGGGCCGGGUCCGUUCAGCUGCACUUCCUGUUCUGCUCAGGCGAUCCUGGAAGCGGGCGGGCGUUGUCUGCUGUGUUGCCGCCUUGAUGAGGAGCAGAAGGACACGGAAAAGCCAAAGCAGGACUGCUGUAACUGCACCGAGACUCGAGGGCAGUGCAUCCUCAGCACAAACUUGGCAUUCAGGAACGAAGAGGAAGAGGAGUCUAGAGGGAACCUGACUAUCUUCAUCAUCGCCUCCAUCCUGCUGGUCCUGGGUCUCAUCGGCGUCGUCUUUCUCGUCAGGCACUCCCGUUCCAAAAGCGGCCCCUCGGACCUUCCGCCCCGCGGCUACAAAAAGCUCGGUUCCGGCGGGGGGUCCGGAGGCGGCAAUAUAUACAGCGGCGGCUACUCCUCCGCCUCUUCCACGUCAGGAGGCCGCUUCCAGGAGGCCGAGCUCGUCGACAUCGGUAAGCGUCGCUCUGGGAAAAGGGACGACGACUUCGACGACGAUGACGAUGACGACGACGACGAGGACAUCGUUUACAUGGGCCAGGACGGCACGGUGUACAGGAAGUUUCGGUACGGACAGCUGGGGGACGACAACGAGGACGACCUAGAGUACGACGACGAGAGCUACAGGUUCAGAUAAGACACGAGGAGUGAUGAGAGGACACUCUUCUGUUGCUUUUCUUCUAGACAUUUCUGCCUCUCCUAUUUCUCUCCUCUGUACUGUUAAUCUCGCUCUGCCCUGAGGGACAGAUCUAUUUAUCCUUCACUCAAUGAGCUCAGACAAAUGAGACGUGAGAAGCUAUUUAUAAUGAGCAGCAUUUUAUGACUGCCAUCCAUCCACACAAUGAAAUGUGCUUCAGAAAUAAAUCCAUAUUUACCGUGCUUACAGCGGACAUGUUAUGCUGGUUUCCUCAUUUCUGUGGUGCCGCAUGUGGCUGUCAUCAGUCUACACUUAUGUCCUGCAGCGCAAAAAGGUUAGAGGGGAUUGCAAGCAGUCAUUUGGUGACAGCUUAUAGCUUUCUUUUAGUAUUGAGCAUCUUUAGAGAUGAUAAAGGCUGUUAUCAAAUGUCAAAUGCGCCGAUUCUGCUGCUAACGGCAAAUUAACUUUUCCACUUUCCUUUGCGUCUUGACCUCCCAAUUCUUGUUUUGACCAAUCUAGUUUUUAUUGUUUGUUUUGCUGAUUUUGUGGCACUAGUAGCUUCAGUAACAGAAAAUGGGCAAACAGAGGAGGGGUGGACGACGGGCAGUAAAGGUUUGGAUUCGAACCCUGGACCACAUUUAGGCACGAGAAAAACCAAAUGUAAAUUUGAUGUAUUUCUCAGAGUAGAGCUGCAAAACCGGAAAUAAGCAUCAUGUUCUGCGUAGUGAUUUACAGUCGAUGUAAAAAAAACACAGUACACACUUUAUUUUGUACAAAUCUUUUUCCUUUUUGUUUUGAAAAUCAUGACUUUUUCAAAUCCGUGGUGUGUCUGGUGUUGGAUGUUUGAGAUUAGAUCUACACGAGUACACGUAUAAGUGCAUCCUUUAUGCAUUAAAACCAUGGAGAUGGUCCAGUGUUUUUUAAUUUCAUCUCUUACAUACAAUCAGUAUGCAAAUAAUUUUCUGAAACAGUUAAGACCUCUCAUAAAUCACGGAUGUUUGCCAGUUGUUGUUUUUUUUCCAUCUCUACCUGUCAUUUGUUUGUGGUGUUGCUUAAGUUGAUUUAUUUGCUUGCUCUCCUUCUUGUACUGUUAUUUGUUUACCAUUAAAAUUUUGAAUUUGGAAAUGCA